AUGUCAUCUUAUGCUUGGUCAUUGAUAAAGUUUGUUGAAGACUCUGUAUUUAAGGUAUCAUUCGAUAUCUAUGCAUCGUUAAGAAACAAUCAUAUCGAACAAGCUAUAGAGGCAGUAUCCGAAUCAUCGGAUCUAAGUACAAGGACAAAGAUUAAAGAUGCUCUGUUCAAUUCACUGAGGCUUGCCGCCAACAAUAAGAUGAACAUAUUCUUGUUGUCCGUUGGUGGUGGCGCAGCCUACAUGUAUCACUCAUCAUCACAACAACAAAAGAAAGCAGAGAUGCAGUUGACAGAAGAACGAAUAUCAACAUUCUUUAAUAAUACUCAAGCUACAUGUGAUCAAACUACCAUCUUGUUCCUCAAGCAGAACCUUGAGGAUAAGCUAAACAGCGCCAUAUCAUCACCAACUACUGCAGAGAUUAGGUCAGCACCACCUGAACAAAGACAUCAGUUGAUGGAUCAACUAAAGAUAGCAACUUAUACCAAAUUAUUGGCUACACUAUAUAUAAUGCCUCUAUUGUUGUUAUUCAUUAGAGUUCAGAUCAACUUGGUUGGACGAUACUGUUACCUGGACAGAAUACUUUGCCAAACAACAACUGGCGCAUCAGCCGACAGUGACUCUCAAACAGACAGUCGCCCCAUCGACAUGGAGACUGAGAACCGUUUCUUCUCAAUCUCAAAGAUCAUCAUUGAGAAGCGCUUUGAUGAGUUUGUACAGACAAUCAAUGAGCAGGUCACCUGCGUAUUACAAGAUUAUAGGAUCGAUCAACAGGUAGACUACGAGGAGUUGUUAAAGAUCUUUGUAAAGAUUAGAUCAAAGUUUGAGAACAAGCAGGUGUUAUCAUCGUUGGACAAUGCCGAUUGUUUAACCAGGUAUCUGAUGCCAGACAAUGACGAGUACUAUGACUCAUUGUUGUUGAACGAGGCCAAGAACAUAUUCGAGAACAGAAAGUUCAACGAUGUGAUACAGGAGAGCAUCAAUUGUACAUUCAGGAUCUUCUACGACAUGCUGAGGAACGAGAUUGGCCAGCAGCGAGUGCACAUAAUCUCGUUGGUGCCAAGGUUGAUCAAACUGUUGGACCAACUGAUCAAGAACGACUUGGACAGUACUGUUGGCCAGAUUGUUGCACAGACCGAAAGCAUCAAUCGUUGCAACAGAGAGAUACUUACAAACAAUGCAGUU